AUGGCUUCUCCGCCUCCGACGCCAGGACGUGCUAUUCGAACACUCGUCCUUCUUGUUGUUAAAGCGAGAUACCACAAGCUCUUGCGACGAUUCUGGAGAAAGCAGCCUGGCCUUCUCCAUAUCUUCAAUAUCUGCAUCAAGACCAAACCAGACGAGAACCUAACCGAAGCCCACGCCAUGCGAUUUGUCGCCAGCCAUACCUCCAUCCCCGUGCCGAAGGUUUAUUACGCCUUCACCUAUAAAGGGGACUCAUACAUCGUCAUGCGCCAUAUCAAAGGACAGAUGGCAGGGUAUGGCUGGCCAAGCCGUACAGAGGAAUCGAAAACGCGAAUUCUGGACCAGCUACGCCGUAUGAUCACGGAGCUUCGCUCGGUCCCUCCUCCCGAAGGGCAAGGCGUCAGCAGCAUCGAUGGUGGGCCUUUCUAUGACUGUCGUCUGCCAUCCCGGCUCUACUGGGGCCCGUACGGCACUGUACGCGAGUUCCAUGAAGCGCUCGUCGACGGCCUGAAUUUGGAUGCUGACUACACGCUCGCUGCCGACCUUUCCGAGCUAUUCGAGUUCUAUCGGCAAUCAGGGAACGAACUCGUCUUAACUCACGGUGAUCUAAGCAGCCUGAAUAUCCUGGUCCGGGGGGACACCGUUGUAGGAAUUGUGGAUUGGGAGACGGCAGGAUGGUUCCCGGUAUACUGGGAAUACACCUGUGCGAAGUAUGUCAAUCCUCAGAAUCCAUUCUGGGCAGACCCAGUCGAUCGGUUUCUAGUGCCCAUGCCGGACGAGUUGAGGAUGGAAACCAUUAGACGCAAGUAG